AUGGAAUGUAAUGAUUAUAUGAAAAAUGGACUCUGUGGUGCGAAGGUGCCUGCUUGGAGUGGUCGCGUCGGGUUCAAGUUCGGAGCUAACGGCGCGGGCUCGCUGCUGGUGGCCAGCGCCGCUCACCUGUCUGGCGGGUCUACUAUCAACAUCCUGGUUUCUACGCCCGCGUCAUACCCCUCCGACCAUCCCUUUAUGAGCACCAUGGACGAGAUAACAUACUGGAUAUACACAAAGCGGGCACCAUGCCUCAUGAACUAUGACAAUGUUACCAAGAAACUACAUGAGGAAGCCCACUGUUCUAAGACUAAACCGAAAAGUGUUCCCAGUAAAGCCGAGGUGCCUACGCCCAAAAAGAAGAAAAAGAGAAAGUUGUCUCUGCUAGAAGAUGAUUCGGGAUCUGCUGAGAAGCUACAGAAUGUCUAUUUUGAUUCUUCACAAAACAAGAAGCAAACUUUGAUGAGUAGCGCUGAAUCUGAUAGUAUAGGAUCAGAUAUUGACUUCAAUAUUAGAACCUGCAUAACAAAGGGAAAGCAAAAACAUACCAAACUUAAAAAAACUAAUAAAUCACCAUUACACAAAAAGAACAAGGUGGUAACUUCUACUCCAAAAGUAUCUCAACUCAGGAGAAGCUUGCGCCAAGCGCAACAGACUCUCAACAACAAUAGCCAACUGAAUAGUUCCUUUCAAGUAGUUAAAACUAGUUUUACUAAUGGUCAUAAUGAAAAUCAUAGUGUUAUAGAGCAUAAAUCACAUGAAAAAACAAAAAAUUCAACAGAGUUACUCGCAGGCGGGGACCAGAGCAUUGACAAUAAGAAGAACAAUGCCAUUAAUAAGUUGAAUGAAUCCAAAAAUGAAGCACUAAAUGGUCAAUUUGAAGACUUAAGUGAUGUGUCUGGUUUUACAGCUAACUACAUAAGGUCUACUAAAUUGCAGUCAACAAAAACUCCAAGGAAAUUAAGAUGUAAGAACAACCGAAGCUUAGUAAAGGAAUCAAAGCAGAGUGGACAAAAAGACUGCACUAUGUUGGUUUGUGCUGACAAAUCGGUUAACACGGUGGCCCAAAAUAUUGUUCACGAUUGUAGCACCGAAUCAGAAAAUGUAAUCAACUUAGUAACUGCCAAAAGUACCGAGAGGACUCCGAGAGGAGAGGAGAGGACUAAAGUCAGCAAGAGUACCUCAUUACUGAAGUUUUUGGACUCAAGAACUGGUAAAGAGAGUAUGAGUAAAAAGAAAGUUUGUGGCACCCGAACAAGGCCUAGAACAAACCUCAAUGUUUCAUUUGAGUCACAGACUAGUGCACCACGGUAUCCAAAGAGACACAGAAAUAACUCAGCUACCCAGGAUGAAGAAAUCUCUGAGGAGGUAAAUCUGGGAGAUAAAAAGGAAAGUACCAGCCGAAAUUCGACAGACUUCAAUAAUUCUGACAAGAAAGAGAAUCCUGAUGCUACAACAGUAUCUAAAACUAGAAGUGGCCGUAGCUUAGGGCUUUCCCUGCGGCAACCAGAAAACUUAGUGCUUGUACUGAGUAACUCAACUGAGCAGGUCAGCUCUAUGGUUAGUAUGAACGUGGGGAGCUCUAUGGUAAGCCUGAAUGUGGCUAAUCCAAAAGCAGAAACUAAAGAGCGGAAGAAAAAACGUACAUCAAGACAUUUACGUUCAAAGAAGAUGAAUGAUAAGCGUGAAAGCUUACAGAAAGACUCACUUAGAGACAAGAGUGGUUUUACUGCUUGUUUUUCUGAUAGUGAUGAUGACAGUGAACCGUUAAAGCAGCGGAAAUUCUUUUGUUCUUAA